AUGCACACUUACCCAAAAUACAGGCCCUCCACUCCUCACUCCACUACACCGCACGCCUCCACACCAUUCACUCCUCACUCUACACUACACCGCACGCCUCCACACCAUUCACUCCUCACUCUACACUACACCGCACGCCUCCACACCAUUCACUCCUCACUCUACACUACACUACACCGCACGCCUCCACACCUUUCACUCCUCACUCUACACUACACCGCACGCCUCCACACCAUUCACUCCUCACUCUACACUACACCGCACGCCUCCACACCAUUCACUCCUCACUCUACACUACACCGCACGCCUCCACACCAUUCACUCCACACUACACUACACCGCACGCCUCCACACCAUUCACUCCUCACUCUACACUACACCGCACGCCUCCACACCAUUCACUCCUCAUUCUACACUACACCGCACGCCUCUACACGUUCCACACCAUAUUUUACACAAUACCGCACUUUUCACUCCUUUAAAAUUUACCUUCUUCAUGACUCGCAUUUCAAAUGUCAUCUACCACUGCACACAAUUUUCACCUUUUGUGCAUUACCCAUUCCAACAAACCAACAACGGUCAUUUCACUCGCACAUUACCCACUCCAGCAGCCCGGCAGCUCUCACCCCACACAUUACCCACUCCAGCAGCCCGGCAGCUCUCACCCCACACAUUACCCACUCCAGCAGCCCGGCAGCUCUCACCCCACACAUUACCCACUCCAGCAGCCCGGCAGCUCUCACCCCACACAUUACCCACUCCAGCAGCCCGGCAGCUCUCACCCCACACAUUACCCACUCCAGCAGCCCGGCAGCUCUCACCCCACACAUUACCCACUCCAGCAGCCCGGCAGCUCUCACCCCACACAUUACCCACUCCAGCAGCCCGGCAGCUCUCACCCCACACAUUACCCACUCCAGCAGCCUGGCAGCUCUCACCCCACACAUUACCCACUCCAGCAGCCUGGCAGCUCUCACCCCACACAUUACCCACUCCAGCAACCUCUCAGCGUUCGAGUUUGCAUCAUACGUAUUUGGCAAUAUUCUAAAGAUAAAGCAAAGAAAAUUACUUCAUACUUUUAUCUAUCCACUCUGUAUCAUUGAUCUGAAGUUCCCGACUACUUUUAUACCAACAUUCACAUUUUACAUCACCUAA